AUGGCGGCGUCCAUAGAACAGCUGCUGGCUUCUCUGGCUGGGCGAGAUGAGCCUUUUGAGGAGUUACAGUUGCUGAAAACUGCGGCUCUGGCGCUACCUCUGACUACACUCAAAGACCGGGUCCCGGAGCUGCAGCUGGCGGGGUUGUUUUCCCUGAUGAAUGUUAAUGACAGAGAACAGAUUGAGCUGUGUGUUACAAUACUCGAACGGUUUCUUCAGGCUUUAGAACCAGUUCAGGUUGCCAGAAGUUACAAGGAAGAACUGGAGAGAGCUCUGUACCACCCUGAUGAGUCUGUAAAACUGCUCGCUAUAGCUCAGGUGGGAAGGAUUGUACAGUGCCCAGACGCUAUUACAGAAAUGCUUAAUAAUCUAGAGUUGCUGAAACAAAUUAUCUUAAGCAUUGGAGGGGACAAGAUAUCUGUAGCCAAAGAGGCAGUGACGUCUCUUUCAAAUGUAGCCCGGACAGUAACUGGUUUAGAAGUGCUUUUCUGUAGCAAUUUAUUAACCAACUUAAAAAAUGUCAUGACCGUUAGUGACGCCGUACGCUAUAGAGUGUAUGAGCUUGUUGUAGACAUUGCAAACGUAUCUGGGAGCUCGCUGAGUUAUUGCGUGAACAGUGGGCUGAUAACGCAACUUCUGGAGGAGCUCGUUGGGGAGGAUAUUCUAGUGAGAGUAACCUGCAUAGAGAUGAUUACUGCGUUAGCCAGUAGUGUUCACGGACGGCAGUAUCUGGCAGAGCAGGGGGUACUGGAUAAAAUUUCCAACAUGAUUCUUGGGGCAGAUUCUGAUCCUUUCUCUGGAUUGUAUUUGCCAGGUUUGGUGAAGUUUUUCGGGAGUCUGGCGAUCAUGGACAGCGCCCAGCAUAUUUGCGAACACUAUCCUGCAUUCCUUAAUAAAGUCUUUGAUAUGGCGGAAGGCCACGAUAGCACUAUGGUAGUGGUGGCUUUGGAUACACUCGCUGUCUUGGGCUCAAAUAUGGAGGGGAAACUUGUUCUCCAGAAGACAGGAGUUAGGUUUCUGAAUAUCUUUAAACGGAUAGGACACCAUGCAAAGAAUUCCCCAACAGAGCUCCGGGUUCGGUGCUUAGAGGCCAUUUCAUCUGUGCUUUACCUGCCGCCUGAUCACCACACAGAAGAUCUUCUCCGUAUGACUGAGUCCUGGUUUACUUCCCUAUCAAACCACCCUAUGGAUCUCUUCAGAGACAUAGCAAGCCAGCCGUUCCCCGAACUGCAUUGUGGGGCCCUCAAAGUGUUCACAGCAAUUGCAAAUCAACCCUGGGCCCAGCAACUGAUGAUUGGGAGUCCAGGAUUCAUAGAAUAUGUGGUUGACAGAACAGUGGACCCAGACAAAGACUCAAAAGAUGCCAAGUUUGAACUGGUGAAAGCUCUUGUAAACUCUAAAACCAUAGCGGAAGUGUUUGGGAACCAACAUUACUUGCGGCUACGCGCCUACUUGAGGGAGGGCCCUUACCACAUCAAAGCCAUAUCCACUGUGGCUUUAGAAGGAGCGGAGUAGAAGAUGCUCAGAUUACUAAAGUUACCUUUUUUUUUUUUUUGUUUUGUUGCACCACUUUUCAGUGGUGUGAUUUGGAGGGUCCAAUGAGAUCUAGAGGAUGGCCAAGACAGCACUUACUUUAGAAACUAGCUUAGAGCAACGCAAUAUCUUCUGAUUGUACCAAGAUCUACAGCUUUAGUAAAGCUUGGCGCACUUUUUCCAUUUCUUCUGUAGGGCUUGUCAGGGUGAGCUGGCAUCAGUUGUUGUUAUAUGUCUAUUUUUCAAGAAACAGGACUGGUUAAUGCUUCAUUACAAAUGCAGCUGCUACAGAUGAUUUUCAAUAGUUUUACAAUAAAUCAUUGGUAUUAUA